GCCGCUGAGGACAGGAAAUGAGCCGGGCCCUGCGGUCGCUCACGCCGAGGCCCCGACCUACAAAGUGCGAGCGCGGAACGGAUGAGCCCGCAGUGCGGUCCCGCCUUUUUCCCGGCCUGGAGGAAGCAGAGGAAAUGAAGGCGGCGCGCGCUGCGAUCCCGGCACAGCAGCGGAGCCCCUCGGCGCGCCCGUCCGGGACCUCGAGCCCGCUGCUGGCCGCGAGCCUGCUGCUGGCCCUGCUGUCGGGCGGCCUCACCGUGCUGUCCUUCCGCCGGGUGGCCGCGCUGCAGGCCGACCUGGACGGGCUCCGGGCGCAGCUGCAGGGCCCCCGGGCCUCGGGCGCCGCGGGCCCCACGGUGAGGGGGCUCCUCGCGCCCGCAGCGCCGGGACGCAACUCCAGCGGGAGCAGCCGGCAGAGGCGCGCCGCGGAGCGCCCGGGGGCAACAGUCACUCAAGACUGCUUGCAGCUGAUCGCAGACAGCGACACCCCGACUAUUCGCAAAGGAUCAUACACAUUUGUACCAUGGCUUCUGAGCUUUAAAAGAGGACGAGCCCUGGAGGAGAAAGAGAAUAAGAUAGUGGUGAAGGAACCUGGUUACUUCUUUAUCUAUGGCCAGGUGUUGUACACUGAUAGCACUUUUGCCAUGGGACACCUAAUACAGAGGAAGAAAGUCCACGUCUUUGGGGACGAGCUGAGUCUGGUGACUCUGUUCCGCUGUAUUCAGAAUAUGCCCGAGACACUACCCAAUAAUUCCUGUUAUUCAGCUGGCAUCGCAAAGCUGGAAGAGGGAGACGAAAUCCAACUUGCAAUCCCAAGGGAGAACGCGCAGAUCUCUCGCGAUGGGGACGGCACGUUUUUCGGUGCCCUGAAACUGCUGUGACCCCCGCGGUCCGCCGUUGUCCCUCUUUCCCUCCCUUUCUCUGGACCUCUGAAAGGAGAACACUUAACUGAAAACACCAAAAGGGGAAAAAAGUCAUCACCAUAGACUUUCCUUGAGCUUUUUGUUUUGGUUUGCAGAAUCUGGUCCAAAACAGGAAAUUUAACAGACAACCACAGCCAAAGCGUGUCAUGUGAAUUACAAGAAUCAAAAAGAUAGAAUCAGAAAGAUUUUUAUGAUGAUUCUGCAUCGAGCAAUGUGAUUGUCGUGUCUUGGCUUGGGAAGUGUACAGUUCAGAGGGCAGUAAUGAUUUUUGCAAAGGUGACAUUCCAUGGUUUACUAUGAGACGUGUGCCCACAUCUGUGGGCAUUCAGACAUUCGUGAGAAAUCUCAGGAUUCAUUGUCCCUGUUCAUGCGAAAUGUGCUCCUCUCCUUUCCAGCAGCUAUCAUGGAAAGUUAAAAAAACUACAAAUCUUGCAUUAGGUACAUGAAAAUGAUAAUACACAUUUAUGAGGUGGUUAAAAUUAAUUUUAAAAGUCUAAAUUUAAAUACUAUACAAGUGGACUGAAAAUGAGAUACAUAUACUAUUCAAGUCUUUUUGGGUUAGUUCAAGUUGGCAGUUUUUAGCUCUAAUAUUUUCUGUUAGAAGACAUUUUUCACAGUAAGGAAAGAAUUUCCUCAUUUGUAUAUGCAUAUAUGGUUUCCUAUAGUUUCAGUUGCUUCAGGAAUUUUCAGUGUAGGGUAAUUUCAGUUUAUGCGUAUGAAUCAGUAAUUAAAAAUAACAAAAAUUGCACUUAUGUCCACUGAAGUGAAUGGGUCAGUUUAUGAUAAAGUAAUAUAAUUUCCUUUUAUUUCCAGUUCUUCUGUUUCAAACUGCUGCUAUUACAGUUUAUGUAUCCCAGGCAACGAAAACAGUCGUAAUUUGCUUUAUAGAAGUUGAAGUUUUACUGAAGCCCUUCGCACACUGGAGUGUGGGAAGUUCACUGAGUCUCUCAAAAGAUUGUAAUGUCCCACAAGACAGGCUCUUCAUCUUCACUUUAUAACCAGUUGUACUUGAGGAUGUUGUAAUACUUACCUUCUAUAACAUGUUUCUCUUGCAUUUUGUCUCUUUAUAUCACCAAUUAACAGCUCUAAUUUCAUUAAACAAUUUACUUCAUUAGUUUAAACAGUAGAUGAAACAACAGACCUAAGCUGACAUUACUCUCCCCUCUACAAUAAAAUAACUUUAAAUAUACUUCUUUCAAAACAAACAAAAGGACUCAAACUUGGCAUCUAAAAUCAAACUCUGCUCAAAUGUCUAGUUCCCAUAAUUUUUACAUUUUGGGUCAACUAAAAUGUAUGUAGCAAUUUAUUUUCUUUUAUAGCACAAUCAAAAAAGAAGAAGUGACAGGAGGGGAAGGGUCUUGCCAUGGGAGGAGUGGUCAGUGCUGUUCCUAGUGUUGCUGCUAACGUAGAUUGCCAAAUAGAAAGAUACAGUGCCUUCUGCCUCCUUGUCUGACUCAGUUUGCCUGGCAGCUCUCAUUGUUGGGCUUCUCUCUGUAUGACGGUCACCCUAAAAAUCAGGUGAGAAACAAUGUGAGUUAUUGUAAAGUAAUAUGUGUUAGUUUGUGACAAUAAAGUAUUUGAAAUCUG